AUGCCGAGACAUUUCCCAGGAUGCAGAAAGUUGUCAAGCCUGGAUCUGUCUGGAAACAGCUUGACGGGUGCCAUUGUUCUGGAAAACUACCUGGACGGUCGGAGUCGGAUGAGGCAACUUGUGCUCUCCAACAAUUUGCUCAAUGGACCCAUCCCUGCGAUCAAGACGGUGGAUUGUGAACUUCGAGAACUGCGCCUUGCAGGCAACCGCCUCUCAGGUGCCAUCCCGCCACAGCUCCUGAACAUGAAGAAUCUGAAGAUCUUGUCCUUGGCUGGCAACAAGCUCAACGGAAGCAUCCCCGAAGUCUGGCAAGAAAGUCCGAUGGAGCAGCUUUUCCUGGAAGAAAACGAGCUUCAAGGCGAGAUCCCGGACAGCAUUGCAAACAUGAACAGCUUGGCGAUUCUGAGACUCGAAAUCAACUUUCUUGAAGGCAAGAUCCCCGAGUCUUUGGGACAGUUGAGGGCUUUGGAGCAGCUCCGUCUCAAUCACAAUCGGCUUCAUGGAGUUCCAUGGCUCGGUCAGCUUGACCACCUCUCCGUGCUGCAGCUCAAUGACUUGCCUUUAAAGUCACACAUUCCGGGAGAGCUGGGCAAUCUUACUCGUUUGGAGUUCCUGGAUUUGUCAAACAGUGGCCUCCAUGGAUCCAUAAAACAUUUGGCGACCCUGACGGGGCUUCGUAGCCUUCGCUUGAUGAAAAAUGAUUUGGGCGGAGAGCUGCCGGACUUCGCCGCCCCAAAUCUGACGACGGUCCUUUUGGACAGGAAUCAUUUUUCCGGAGAUGUGCAUCGGGCAUUCUGUCAAGCGCCACAGCUUUUGACUUUGAGCCUUCACCACAAUCAACUCAGUGGACCGCUCCCGGAGUGCUUGGGGGACUUGGCGAACCUCGAGCAGCUCUUCCUGCAUCACAAUAUAUUCGUCGGUGAGGUUCCUGAAGGCCUUGCCGACUUGCAGAAUUUGACCGUGAUAACGCUUCACAGCAACCAUUUCCGUGGCCGGCUCCCCAAAUUGAAGCGCUCGUCCGUCGCAACCUUCCAUAGCAACGACUUUUCAGGGUCUAUCCCAGAGUUUGAUUUUAAGCAUUCUUGCAGCAAUAGCCCCUGGUUCAGCCUGCACGGUGCAGACUGCGAAAUUCUGGAAAAAGUCAUGGUUCGUGAGAAGAUUGUCGGUUGCAAUGAGUUGCAGUCCAUUCACAAGAUGAAUAUCUCAGAGCUGCUGCAGCAGUGCCCCGAGACCUGUGGAACUUGCAGCGAAUACCAGCUGAAGGCCAAGUUGACACUCCACGGGAACAGGCUGUCUGGGCCUAUCCCACCGUCCGUCAACAGCUCGGAGAUACAGGCUACCGCACUCAUGGGCAACACGCUUGGUGAUGGUGAAGCACUGAACGCUGAUUGGCUCUCGCUGGAGGAGCAGCAGGAUUUCCUCUACUUUUCGCCGGAGGCCAGAGUGCUGGAUGUGCGUAUGGCCAAAAUCUUGUGCUUUCUGAUGCUUCUCUUUGUGCUUCCUCCCUGGCGAACACGACUGACGAAAGCCACGGCAGCAGUCGCAAAGCCACCCGUCCUCAAGACCCUCACCCAGUCGCAUGUUCAGGUGAUGUUUGUCGUAGCCUGCUGCUUGGUGGGAUGUCUCAUUUCCUCUCCAGUGUAUUAUCUAUUCUCGGGCAACUAUUUUCAGGCAGAUGGUGGUCAGCUGCUACUCAGAAUGACGGCUUCCUACUUUGCAGGUUCUGAGGACAAAGGCAUCAAGGUUUGCGAGGUGUUCAUGGUAACCUCCUGGUGCACCUUUGACGUCUUCAUUCGGGUGAUCGCUCUCCGUCGCUUCAAGCCCGCAAAGCAAGGCAGGCCAAGUUUUGUCGACGAGAGGUGCACGAGAUAUUUCCUAUGGCUGCUGUGGUUCCUGGUGGUCUUAGUCAUCUCGAUGCCCCAGAUUCUCUUCGCAAUGGCCGAGGCCGUGCCAAAAGGAUCAAAGUAUCAGUGGCUGCUGGAGAUUUUUCACCGCGGGGCUGGCGUCGUUGGUCCGUUUGUUGACCUCUUUCUUGCAAGCCCUCUGAGCAUAUGGUUUUCUGUAAAGGCAUCGCAGUGGCUUUCCAAACCCAUCCCAGCACACAAUUUGUUGAUGGCGCUGCAGCUUUGCUCGCAGUGGAUGUUGCCUAUGGUGGCCACGGUUCUUCUACAUGAGAAUUGCGUCGGUGGCUGGAAGAUCUUUUGGGGUGUGUGCCCCCUCGGUGGCGACAUGGGCGGCUUCGAUUGGAAGGUCUUCGACAUGGAGAUUCUUACCACAGAAGAGAUCUGCAAAAACAAAGUGCAACGCUUGUGGGAAGGGCGCUGCAGCCGUGCUGUGAUCCAGGACUUGUCCCCCCUACUUUUGCAGAAGCUACUGGUGAAAGCUGCAGUUCCAGCUGGUCUUUGGUUUGCAUGGUGCUCCUUGCUCUAUUGUGGCCUUUGGUAUCAGGAUGGAAAGCUUCACCCUCUUGCUAGGCUUUUGACAGGGUCAAUGAAGUCAAUGGGACAACAUGCAGGUCUCAUGACCUGGCUGGAGCAAGCUAUCGUUUGGUCCCCCUUCGCUCCCUUCUUGAGUGUGGCCAUUUUGGCAGGUGUUGCGCAUAACUUCAUGCUCGUAGACUUCGCCUGGAGCAGAAAUGUGCCUUUUGAGGCUCAGGCCAUGGAGAGAGAAGGCGAGGAACGCCAAGAGUGCCACGAGCAGCAAGAUCCGAAUUCCACUGCAUCGUUAUCCCGAUUCACCUUGCGGUGGGUCUUGGCCGUCGCGUGGGCCUUCCAAGUGUGGCAUGCCUACGGCAAUGGAAUGGAUGGAGCUCACCUGCUCAUCUUGGCGGGAGGGCUCAUUUUCUGUCCAGAUAGUAUGCUCAAAGUCUUUAUUCCUGCUGCGCUGCCAAGCCUGGUCAAGCCGAGCAGCGUCGAGGUCGAGUUGCAGGAGCGAAAUUCGGACUCCAGGUCCUCAGCAGGCUGA